AAUGACACAUCAGUUCACACCACUGCUAGGUUGAUAUCGGAAUCCACCAGGGAAAGCCGGCCGGUUACCGGAGGGAACAAGAUCAUCUCAUUCAACUUUUAUAAUAGAAUAAAUAAAAUAAAAUGCCAAACAAAACUACACUACUUUUCCGGGCGCUUGUUGAGAUGUCUGAGAUGCAUUCUACUAAACUUGCCCGAGGACUUACAAACAAAGCAAAUACCAGACCCCUAGGCUCCUGCGGGGUCCUGGCUGCCCGGCGGGCCACCUUGCCCCUGUCCCCAGCCUGCCACAUGACCACACCUUCUCGCAGCUUCAUCAACCUAGCUUCCCCUAUCACUGCACGCAAGAUGGACUACUCUGAGUGUCGGACACUAGGGUUUACCCCAGAACAAAUGUACAGUGUUGUGGCCAGUGUGGACCAGUACCAGCACUUUGUCCCCUGGUGUAAGAAGUCUCGCGUCGUGAAGGGCAGGAACGGGGAUGUCCGGGCUCAUCUGGAGAUCGGGUUCCCCCCCAUCGUGGAGCGCUACACUUCAGAGGUCACAGUUGUCCCCAACCACCAAGUCAGGGCUGUGUGCACAGACGGAUCACUCUUCAGCCAUCUAGAGACGUUGUGGCGGUUUGCCCCUGCAGCCAAGGACCAGCCAGGCUCCUGCAAGGUGGACUUCUAUGUGUCAUUUGAGUUCAAAUCCCUGCUGCACUCUCAGCUUGCAAACGUUUUCUUUGACGAGGUGGUCAAGCAGAUGGUGAAUGCCUUCGAGAAGCGGGCGGCCAGUCUGUACGGUGGUCACCCUCCUGCCCAGAUCCCUGGGAGGAGGCGGUCUGUGUGAGACCCCCUCACACCCCCCCUCCACCCCUCUCAGCCUCCGCAAAGACUGAUGACAGACUGCAGCUUUGUUCCCAUUCAACACACCAGGUCAUGGGGCGCCACCUGGUUCUGAAUCACCCGUUGUGAUAUUGUAGAUCUGGUGUGUCUGAGCGAGUGCACUUUCCCAACCAACUUCACAACUUCCGAACACACCCCCCGCACUCAUGGUUAUGUGUCAUGAAAGAGACUUCUCCUUGUGUUUCUUUCUAAUUGUCUUAAGGAUUUCUAUUUUUGGAAAUGAAUUCCCUUCAGUUCACAAGACUACAACAUGUCUAUUUAUUUAUUUAACACAAAACUACAAUUUGUUCACUUGAAUGUACAUAGACCCUUUUUAUUUGUGGGGAUAAAAGUGAAUGAGUUUUGUAGAACGUUUAAGGGACUUUUUCUUAUGUUUUGGAAUGAGGUGUGACCAAUUGAUUCCCCUGCAAUGUUCAAAACACAUUAGAGGGUAGCUUUUUCUUGUCCUACACUAAAUUGUUUUAUUUAGUGUCAAAAUGAUGGAAAAUUAAAAAGCCUAUUUUUGUUAA